AUGGAGUCGCCCGGUAACCACACCCCUCAGGGGAAGCGUUACCCAUUGGCGGACGCGACGUGUCGAGUGAAUAACUGUCCAUCACCUGAAAGCGAGAGACGUGACAGAGUCCAGAGGAUCCGUGAUCAGCUCAAGUCACCAGACCGGAAGUCUGUCCAAACAAGCCCCAUGUCGAUGAAAGGGCACACGGACCAGAACCAGCUCUCGGUCGCGGUGGAGUCUGGCUCGAACCGAAGCUCGGCCAUCUCAACGAUGUCAAUAACAUCGGGGAAAGGCAAGAGGAAGACGCAUGUUGGGCCGUGGCAGUUGGGGAAGACGCUUGGGAAGGGAGCCACGGGGCGGGUGAGACUGGCGAAGCAUGCUGUUACUGGCCAGGCUGCUGCCAUCAAAAUCGUGUCGAAGAAGUCGGCGGCGAUGGUACAAAGUGAGAGUAUUGCUGCCAUGGACAGAAAUGCGAGCCUCUUUUCGGGAACCGCUGGCACUAGACAGAUGCCCUGUGGCAUUGAACGUGAAGUGGUGAUCAUGAAACUAAUCGAACAUCCGAAUGUGAUCAGCCUCUACGACGUGUGGGAGAACAGGGGCGAGCUCUACCUGGUCCUCGAGUAUGUUGAAGGUGGUGAGCUGUUCGAUUACGUUUCGAGCCACGGGCCUCUCCCAGAGGAGGAAGCAGUCCGACUGUUUCGACAGAUCAUCGCCGGUCUGGCCUACUGCCACCGUUUCAACAUUUGUCACCGUGACUUGAAACCGGAGAACAUCCUGCUGGACGCAAACCAUAACAUCAAGCUGGCGGAUUUCGGCAUGGCUGCCCUUCAACCUGCGGGACACUGGUUGAAUACUUCCUGUGGCAGUCCACACUAUGCAGCGCCAGAAAUCAUUUAUGGAGAUCGAUAUCGUGGUGACAAGGCCGACAUGUGGAGCUGCGGUAUCAUUCUCUUCGCUUUGCUGACGGGCUUUCUGCCAUUCGAUGGAGGGGACCUGCCAAACACUCUUCGUCUGGUCAAGAAGGGAGAGUACUUCUUGCCUCCCUGGCUCAGCGAUGAGGCUGCAGACUUGAUCCAACGCAUCCUGCAGAAACGCCCCGAGGACAGAAUCAGUAUGCGGGAUAUUUGGAUGCACCCUUUGCUCAAGAAGUAUGAGAAGCUUCAUCAGGCCAUGUCUGACUACUUUGUUGGGCCCCCACCACCACUGUCAGGCAAGGACUGCGGCCCUCCAGUGGAUGGUCGGCAGGAUAUCGACCCGGACAUCUUGCGGAAUCUCCAGACUCUAUGGCAUGGAGUCAAGCCGGAUGCUCUGAUUGAGAGACUGUUGAGUCUUGAGCCGAGCCACGAGAGAAUGUUUUACAACGCAUUGCUGAAGUUUAGAGACGAGCAGCUGGAGAACUACCAAGGCCAGCCACUUGAAUAUUCAGCAAGCGACUACCACCACAUUUCAAGGCCUGCUCUCCGCGUGAGCGCCAGGCGCAGCCAGAACGGCCGCAGACCAGGCCAUCUUCGGCGACGAUGUCAUUUCUCUGUUGCUACGGAUGGUACCUCUCGGUUCAUGAACUCGAUUAAGGAACCGAGAUCGUCAGGCACUGUGGAAAGCUACGACCCGUAUAGGUCCCCACAUAGCCACAUGGGAGGUGAAGCUGAGUAUGCCCAAAUCACCGUCCAUCGGAAGGUGUCUAUAGCAAGUCAUAAGGCCUCAAUUCCUGAGCAUGUUGUCGAGGAUACCCUGGACGCAAUGGAUGUCGAUGACGAUAUGUCAGAGGAGAAUGCCGGGGCAUACCCUAGCUCUCCAUAUGCCGUGCUGGCGAACAAGAAGUCGAAUAUUAACUCCUUCAAGUCUUUCCAGUCGAGGGUCUCCCACUCAAGCUCCCGUCGAGGGAUGAACGGGCCUGCCACGGCUCGUUCUGCCAGUUACAAGCGGAAUGUAUCCUUCAGACAUGUCCGCAAUCGCUCUCAAGGCUCGACAUCGGGCAAGAUGACCAAGGGCCCACCAGCACAGCGCAAGGUGUCGAGUGAGCUGAGUAGUGCCAAGGUAUUUGUCAAGGAGAACUUUCCAUCAGAUGUGGUGGAUAGCCCGCACCUGCCAACUCAGCCAAAGGUUGUGCGAAGUGGCGUUGCUACCAUGAGAAAUAGUGGCAUGGAGGUCAAGAAGGCACGCGAAGCCAACUAUGCUUGGAGAGAGGAGGCGAGGCAAGUCUCCCACGAGCUCAGUCAGAUUUGCGAGGAAGCCUUUAAUGGCACUUCGAUGUCUACUGUUUCGACAGCCAGCAUCUGUGGAGGUUGUGACACUCCAGCGACAUCUGUAUGCACAGCGAGCCCUGAGCCCUUACAACCCAUGAUGUCGGGAGCGAAGGUGCGGAGCAAGCCCUUACCUGAUGGCCCGGCGGAGUUCCCACGGUCAUAUAGUCUUGCAAAAUUGACAGAAACCCGGCGCAAGCUGAUCGAAUACUCCAGCAAGGAUGGUUCAGAGGAGAUCCUAGCCGACUUGGCUAGGGUGAUUGCCUGUAUGGACCGACUGAUCGAGCAAGACAUGUCCAAACACAAGCAGAAACCUCUCGCAAUCGACGACUGUGAUCCAUUUACCCGCUCCGCGAUUGACGCCGGCCAGCUUCCCCCUAUCAGGGAGGAACUACCGACUCCAGUCCAUAGCGACCCGCAGCUACAAUCGAGAGCAAGGGAAGCCCGGAAUAUGUCCCAACCCUCGACACGGAGUAGCCUCUUCAGCCGUGAUGGCAAGACUACGAUCCGCAUGGUGCCGCAUGAGUCGAUGCGUUCACUAGAAGAGAUCAAGCCCUUGACCAUCCGCAAGAAGAACCGCCCAACGACGGCCAAAGCCACUGAGCCUGCGGAGGAGCUAUUUGAGAGGCUCGAGCGCUACGACAGCGGCUCCCCAACACGUUACAUGUCCAGCAGCUCGCAGCCGGGUCGGUCCCCCUGCGGACUGGACCCCAUCGAUGAGGUUCCUCCCCGUUCACCAAGACGCAGCCAAGUCCGGGCUCCUGGCGAGAACGUCAAGAAGUGGACCUGGUUCAAACAAAAGCCGCAGGCCGCCGGGGACGACAACACCCCACACAAGAUCCUCUCGGAUGCGCAGCAGAUCCAUCCCAGCAACACUACAGUCGUGGUGCAUGAGGUCAAGCCGGCCGACGUAGUGCGCAAGGCGUCCAACGAGACCGACUGUUCGCACUUCAGCAGCUCUUCCGCCAAAUCCAAGGGCGGGUUCCUGCGCAAGCUCAUCAAGAAGAAAUCGAGCAGCAGCAAGGAACAGGACGUCAGGGUCGCUGCCGGCGAUUACCAGGACCCCGAGGCCAUCCUGGUUGCCACUGCAGCUAGUAGUGCAGCUGGUAGCCUCCGCAACGUAUCCUACGAGACGAUCACUUCGCAGAAGCCUGGCGCGGAAAGCCAGACCACCAACCUCCACCUCCCCAGCCCCAAGAACCAGAACUGGUUCGCCCGUGUCUUCCAGAUCAAGCCGGCCACGCGAGUUGCCGCGCUCAACACGUCCAAAGUCAAGGCCUGGCGGGAUGUGUACCGGAUCCUGCGCGACUGGAAACAGUACGGCAUCGAACAAGUCCUUCUCGACAAAGCCAACAGUACUAUACGCGGUAGAGUCGGUGAUGAUAAUCUCCUCCGCUUGAACCCCGUCGAAUUCUCCGCCGAAUUCUACACCGUCCUCGAACACGGCCGACAAGCCAACCUGAGUCUCGUCCGGUUCCGCCAGGACCGCGGCGCAGCGUCCUCCUUCCACAAGGUCGUGGAUACCCUCUGCAACGUCCUCAAGCAGCGCGGCAUCCUGGUCGAGGAUCCCGUCCGGGCAAAGAAGAUGACUCGUGUCCUGGAUGCUUUCUAG